UGAAAAAUACCAAAGCUAAGUAACUUUUAAUACUUGAUGCCUGAACUUAAACAAAUACCUUUAAUUUAAAUCCAAAAUGAAGGAAAUCGGCUGGAUAGAACUGCUGUACUGAAUGUCAUUAGAUUUUCAUAAAUUCUUUUAUUUAUAGAUUAGGCUUUAAUGAAGUUCGCCAACUAAAUGACAAUGAUGUCUUAUGUGAGAAAAACAUAUUCACUGACUUGAGUUUUAAUCUGUGAAAUGAAGAGUUUUGAAGAAAUGCAGACAGAUAUAAAAUGAAAGCAAAGAAAGGCACAAGCUUUCCUCUCCAAAACCCAACUGUUUAUGGAUAACUAUGUCAUGUAUCAAGUGUGACAGUGAUAGGAGUACCAUCGGAGGUGUACAUGUAUGGGACGCAGUAUUACACUGUCAUCAUCAGUGGAGUGAUUGUGACUAUCAUCAAUACCUGCUUCUUCAUUCCUGUCUUUUACAAGCUCCAGCUCACUUCUCUCUACGAGUAUCUGGAGUUGCGGUUCAGUCAUGGCGUUCGAGUGUUUGGCUCAUCAAUUUUUUCUCUUUAUUUGUUGUUUUACAUUCCAGUGGUUCUUUAUGUGCCGGCAUUAGCUCUGAAUCAAGUGACAGGAUUGCCAGUCCACUCUGUAACUCCUGUUAUUUCCAUUGUCUGCAUCCUCUACACUUCUUAUGGUGGUUUGCGGGGAGUGUCUUGGACAAUAGCCUUGCAAAGUGUUUUCACCACCAUCUCCUUGAUAACUGUUAUCGUCCUUGGUUGUCUUAAGGUGGGAAGUAUUCAUGAUGUCUUCAAAUACAGUAAUGAAGGACACAGACUGGAACUGUUUAAUAUGAACCUGGACCCAUUUGCUCGUAACACAUUCUGGACGAUGACGGUUGGCACCACUGUCAACUGGUUGGCCCAGUUGUGCUUCCAUCCUGGAGUAGUCCAAAGGUUCAUGUCCGUACCAUCUCACAUCCAUGCCGUCAGGGUGAUGGUGUGGAGUGGAGUGGGAAUAUGUGUUAUCAAGACAGUCACUGUGUUUCUUGGCUUGGUUAUGUUUUCCUACUACAGUUCCUGUGAUCCCCUUGCCACUGGGGAGGUACAGAGACCAGGUCAACUCUUACCACUGUUUGUGAAGGAUAUCGCAGGCAGCCAUUUCCACGGUCUCACUGGGCUUUUUAUAGCUGGUGUGUUCAGUGCCACUCUAAGCACUAUGGCUGCAAGCCUCAACACUGUGGCUGGAACAGUCUAUGAGGACUUUAUACAGCCAUUCUGCAAGACAGACAGGCAUGCACCUCUCAUACUCAGGCUGAUAGUUCUGGUUCUAGGCUCUCUAUGUCUUGGUCUCGUCUUCGUUGUCGAGCAUCUCGGUGGUGUCCUGCAAGUGGCAGUGAGUUUAGGAGGAGUGGCCAACGGAACUCUCUUGACUCUCUUUCUACUGGGAUUGUUAUCUCCAUGGACAAAUACCAAGGGUGCAGUGGCUGGAUCCCUGACUAGUUUCCUGGUGUCACUCUGGAUAGUUGGUGGAUCCCAAUGGAACAUAGCCCAAGGAAGGAUCAGCUUCCCAGGAAAGGUCACCAGCGUUGUUGGUUGUCAAGAAUUUCCCCUCUCAACUAAUCUAAGCUUAGCAGAGAGUAGAGUGAGUCGAUACACAGGCCUAGGAUCUCCGGUACUUGUGGAGAAUGAAGUAGCUCCUCUAUUUACUCUGUCGUACAUGUACUACGCCACGGUGGGGGCCAUAGCAGGAUUCUCAGUGGCAGCACUGGUCACAGCAGUGACAUGCCAAGACCUGAGCAAGCUGAACCCCGAUCUGUUAGUGCCUAUCAUGCGUCGUUUCCUGCCUCCAAGACCAACACCUGAGCUACCAAUGGGCGAUGUUGUUGACAAGAAUUAAUUUGUUUAUUUUCUUUGUUUUGGAUGCUUGCUGUGCUAAACUGCUGUAACAAAAGACAUGACAAUAGCUAAGAAAUACAACACUUAAAGAAAAUA